AAUCUUCUCAAAUCGUCUCGAAAUUCGAAAAGUAUGGCGGUAAGCCCUUAUCUGGUCUUAUCUACAUGUAGUGAACUCGUAAACACCUUCCAGGGACAUCUGGCGGGUGUCAUCUGGUCAUGAUUUUAGUAAAUAUUUCAAUGAAAAUAAGUGAUUCAUCGAUUUUAUCGAAAUUUUUCUGUAAGUUGAAGAUUCAAUAAAGGCAGUUUUAGUGAAAAAAUCCUUAGGAAGAUAAAACAAAAAUAUUCUGCGCCCUUCUUUCUUCUAUUCAAAUUCGCCGCGGUAGAAGCUGUCUAACAGCUGAUUUCGAAAUAUGGCGAUCUUACCUUCGUAUUGUUGUGUGUUUUGUGCGUGGAUUUUUAGUAAAUAGUAAACAGCGGGUGCAGUUUUUCAAGAAAGGAUAUAUCGGAAAUCAUAGGAAAGGAUGACCUCGAGAGCAUUACCUCAGUCCAAGGAGGCGCUAUUGAAAUCAUACAACACAAGAUUGAAAGAUGACGUGAAAAGUAUGCUUGACAAUUUUGAAGAAAUCGUGAAACUUGCAAAAGGGGAAGGUGAUUCGCAGCUAUCAAAGAUAACCCAAUGUGAGCAAGACACAUACGAAAUGCAAGUGCGAGCUGCAAAUAUCGUACGGGCAGGCGAAUCGUUGAUGAAAUUAGUUUCGGACAUCAAGCAGUACCUAAUUUUGAACGAUUUCCAUUCAGUUAAUGAAGCGAUAACAGCAAAUUCGCAACUUUUUCGAAGCACCCAAGUCGACUGUGAUAAGAAAUUGACAACAUUAAGAGAUGAAAUGGCAUUAGAUUUGUACGAUUUAGAAGAAGAGUAUUAUACAAGUAUUUAUAAAUAAAUAUGUUUAUAUCUAGAAAUUUAUAUGUGAA